AUGAAGACUGUCUUGAUUUUAGCGGGGCUUAUUGCCCUCGCUCUCAGUAGCACCGUACCUGAAUUCAAAACGACACCGGUUGACGCUGCGUUCGUCGAAAAGCAAAAGAAGAUUUUGUCUCUUUUCUACAACGUUAACGAGAUCAGCUAUGAAGCUGAGUACUACAAAGUCGCCCAGGACUUCAACAUCGAGGCCAGCAAGGACUGCUACACAAACAUGAAAGCCUACGAAAAUUUCAUGAUGAUGUACAAGGUCGGAUUCCUUCCCAAGAAUUUGGAAUUCUCGAUCUUUUACGAAAAAAUGAGGGAAGAAGCCAUCGCGCUGUUCAAGCUGUUCUAUUAUGCCAAAGAUUUUGAAUGUUUCUACAAAACAGCAUGCUACGCCAGAGUCUACAUGAACCAGGGAAUGUUCUUAUACGCCUACUACAUAGCUAUUAUCCAGCGCUCUGACACCGCCAGCUUCGUUCUACCUGCUCCAUACGAAGCUUAUCCUCAAUAUUUUGUCAACAUGGAAGUUAAAAAUAAAAUGGACUACGUUAAGAUGAUGGAUGAAAACGAACAAUUCGUAAUGUACGCCAACUAUUCCAAUUCCCUGACUUACCCCAACAACGAAGACAGAAUUGCUUACUUAACUGAAGAUGUUGGCCUAAAUGCUUAUUAUUACUAUUUCCACUCACACUUACCGUUCUGGUGGAACUCUGGUAAAUACGGAGCUUUCAAGGAACGUCGUGGGGAAAUCUACUUCUUCUUCUACCAACAACUGUUAGCUCGUUACUACAUGGAGCGUCUUACCAAUGGAUUGGGUAAAAUCCCUGAGUUUUCCUGGUACUCGCCUCUUCGAACUGGCUACCUCCCGCCUUUCAACUCCUUUUAUUAUCCAUUUGCCCAAAGAAGCAAUGACUACGAGUUGCACACCGAGAAGAACUACGAAGAAAUUCGCUUCCUCGACAUUUAUGAGAAGACAUUCUUCCAAUACCUCCAGCAAGGUCACUUCAAGGCCUUCGACAAAAAAAUUGAUCUGCACAGUAGCAAAGCAGUCAACUUUGUGGGCAACUACUGGCAGACGAACGCCGAUCUAUUCGAAGAAGACUUCCUCCAAUUCUACCAGCGUUCUUACGAGGUUAACGCUCGCCGCGUACUUGGUGCUGCUCCUAAGCCUUUCAACCAGUACACAUUUAUUCCUAGUGCUCUUGACUUCUACCAAACUUCGGCCAGGGACCCAGCCUUCUACCAGCUCUAUAAAAGAAUUGUUCAAUACAUCAUCGAAUUUAAACAGUACCAGGUACCAUACACACAAGAAGCUCUUCACUUCGUUGGUCUGAAAAUUUCCGACGUCAAAGUCGACAAAAUGGUCACAUUCUUUGACCAUUUCGACUUCGAUGCCUUCAACACUGUCUACUUCAGUAAAGAAGAACUCAAGAGCUCUCCUCACGGUUACAAGGUCCGUCAACCACGUCUUAACCACAAGCCGUUCACUGUGACAAUCGAUAUUAAAUCUGAUGUUGCCACUAACGCCGUCGUCAAGAUGUUCCUUGGACCUAAAUACGAUGAGAACGGCUUUCCCUUCAGCCUAGAAGAUAACUGGAUGAACUUCUACGAGCUUGACUGGUUCGUGCAAAAGGUUAACCCUGGCCAGUCUCAGAUAACGCGUUCAUCUACUGACUUUGCAUUCUUCAAAGAAGACUCUUUACCGAUGGCCGAAAUCUACAAGCUCUUGGACCAAGGAAAGAUUCCUACUGACAUGUUCAACUCCUCGGACACUAUGCCUUCGAGGCUGAUGCUGCCUAAGGGUACAUACGAUGGAUUCCCCUUCCAGCUGUUUGUAUUCGUCUAUCCGUAUGAACCGACACCUAAGGAGUCAGAGCCAUUCAAGUCUGUUGUUCCGGACAACAAACCAUUCGGUUAUCCAUUCGAUCGCCCCGUUCUUCCUCAGUACUUCAAACAACCUAACAUGUUCUUCAAGAAGGUCCUGGUCUACCAUGAAGGAGAACUAUUCCCCUAUCUAUUUAACAUUCCUCACUAUACACCAGAUAAAGCGCAACUAUAA